GGCGCUGGCAACGGUCGAGGGGGUGGGCGGCGGCGGGGCGCAGGCCCGGUCAGGGGUCGGCGCGAGGGGAGAGCCGAGCUCCCGAGAGGCGCGAACGAGGCGUCCCCGCGGAGGGACGGCGGCGAAUCGCAGCGCAGGGCCCAGCCUUCCUCAGCCUGGGCGCGCCGCCAUGCCGGCCCCGGGCGCACGCUCCGACGGACUCUUUUCCUCCGGAACCCGCGUGCGGAGAAGGCGGGGCGGGGGACACGCGGGAAGGGACGGACUUCGGGCCGGAAGUGCGGCGGCCGAGGCCGGGCGCGCGGCCCCGCUCACUUCCGGCGGAGAGAGCGGCCAUGGCGCACAUCACCAUCAAUCAGUACCUGCAGCAGGUCUACGAAGCCAUCGACAGCAGGGACGGGGCGUCCUGUGCAGAGCUGGUGUCCUUCAAACACCCUCACGUCGCCAAUCCACGGCUUCAGAUGGCCUCUCCAGAAGAGAAGUGUCAGCAGGUUUUGGAACCCCCUUAUGACGAAAUGUUUGCUGCUCAUUUAAGAUGCACCUAUGCGGUGGGGAACCACGAUUUCAUCGAGGCGUAUAAAUGCCAGACUGUCAUCGUCCAGUCGUUCCUGCGCGCAUUUCAAGCCCACAAAGAAGAAAACUGGGCCCUGCCUGUCAUGUAUGCUGUCGCCCUUGACCUCCGGGUGUUUGCCAACAACGCGGACCAGCAGCUGGUGAAGAAGGGGAAGAGCAAGGUCGGGGACAUGCUGGAGAAGGCGGCCGAGCUGCUCAUGAGCUGCUUCCGCGUCUGCGCCAGCGACACGCGGGCCGGCAUCGAGGACUCCAAGAAGUGGGGGAUGCUGUUCCUGGUGAACCAGCUGUUCAAGAUCUACUUCAAGGUGGGACUGUGGGGCCCCUUCCUUCCGCCUGUCUCCCCGGAUGCCAUCUCCGGACCGGCCUCCACGGCCUCGCCGGGUCGAGACCCUCACCUGGCCGCCUCCAGCCAAGGGCUGAGCACCUGCGGGGUUCAGGGACUGUCACGAGGGUGUGCGCAUGGCCCCGUGGGAGCCUCUGCCUCGCGAGGGGAGCUGCACCUCCCGGGGAGAGCCUGGUGCCAGCGUCCCAAGCAGAUCAACAAGCUGCACCUGUGCCGCCCGCUCAUCCGCGCCAUCGACAGCUCGAACCUCAAGGACGACUACAGCACCGCGCAGAGGGUGACGUUCAGGUACUACGUCGGGCGCAAGGCCAUGUUUGACAGCGACUUCAAGCAAGCGGAGGAGUACCUGUCCUUCGCCUUCGAGCACUGCCACCGCGCGAGUCAGAAGAACAAAAGGAUGAUUCUGAUAUAUUUGCUUCCGGUCAAAAUGCUGCUGGGUCACAUGCCGACCAUCGAGCUGUUGAGGAAGUACCGUCUCAUGCAGUUUGCCGAAGUGACCAAAGCCGUCAGCGAAGGCAACCUCCUGCUCCUGAACGAGGCGCUGACGAAGCACGAGACCUUCUUCAUCCGCUGCGGCAUCUUCCUCAUCCUCGAGAAGCUGAAGAUCAUCACCUACAGGAAUCUUUUCAAGAAAGUGUACCUGCUGCUCAGAACACACCAGUUGUCUCUGGACGCCUUCCUGGUCGCCUUGAAGUUCAUGCAGGUGGAGGACGUGGACAUCGACGAGGUCCAGUGCAUCCUGGCCAACCUGAUCUACAUGGGCCACAUCAAAGGCUACAUAUCACACCAGCACCAGAAGCUGGUAGUUAGCAAGCAGAACCCGUUCCCUCCGCUGUCCACAGUGUGUUGACGGGGCGCACGGCCCGAGGACGGGCGAGCCGGGUCUCGUCUGGCUGUAUCCGCGCACGUGGACUCGGUCCUGGGCCACCACGGUGUUGUCUGCGGCCGUGCUCUCUGGGGCUCGCUGGCCGCACACGAUGCCUUGAAACUUCCAUGAGGGCCUGCGGACGCGUCCGUGAGGGGCUCUCGGGCUCACCAUUUGUAAAGGCGUCUUUGUCAGCCUUUAUGUAACUUUCUCUAUAAAACAUCACCGUGAGUUUAUAUAGUUGGCAUAUUCUUUAUUUUGUCUUAACAUACAGCAUUUUUAUAUGUUAAAUUAGAAUGUUUUACAGAAUUAAAAUGUUUCACUUGAGGCUG